AUGCCGGAGCGGCACCAGUCGAUCGACGCGCAGCUGCGGCUGCUGGCCCCCGGGAAGGUCUCCGAGGACGACAAGCUCGUCGAGUACGACGCCCUCCUCGUCGACCGCUUCCUUGACAUCCUCCAGGACCUGCACGGCCCCCACCUGCGCGAAUUCGUGCAGGAGUGCUACGAGCUCUCGGCUGAGUACGAGAACGACCGGGAUGAGGCGAGGCUCGGCGAGCUUGGGAGCAAGCUCACCAGCCUGCCGCCGGGGGACUCCAUCGUCGUCGCCAGUUCCUUCUCGCACAUGCUCAACCUCGCCAACCUCGCUGAGGAAGUGCAGGUCGCGCAGCGCCGCCGGAUCAAGCUCAAGCGUGGGGACUUCGCCGACGAGGCCUCCGCGCCCACCGAGUCGGACAUCGAGGAGACGCUCAAGCGCCUCGUCUCGCAGCUCGGCAAGUCGCGGGAGGAGGUCUUCGACGCGCUCAAGAACCAGACCGUCGACCUCGUCUUCACCGCCCACCCCACGCAGUCCGUGAGGAGGUCUCUUCUCCAGAAGCACGGCAGGAUCCGUAACUGCCUGAGGCAGCUCUAUGCCAAGGACAUCACUGCUGACGACAAGCAGGAGCUUGAUGAGGCACUUCAGAGGGAGAUUCAAGCCGCUUUCAGAACUGAUGAAAUCCGCAGAACCCCUCCCACUCCCCAAGAUGAAAUGCGUGCUGGAUUGAGUUACUUCCAUGAAACGAUAUGGAAGGGUGUACCAAAAUUCUUGCGCCGUAUUGACACUGCUCUAAAAAAUAUUGGGAUCAAUGAACGUCUCCCUUACAAUGCUCCUCUCAUUCAGUUCUCUUCCUGGAUGGGUGGUGAUCGUGAUGGAAAUCCAAGAGUAACACCAGAGGUUACACGGGAUGUAUGCUUGUUGGCAAGAAUGAUGGCUGCUAACUUGUACUUUUCUCAGAUCGAAGAUCUAAUGUUUGAGCUCUCUAUGUGGCGAUGCAGUGAUGAACUUCGGAUCCGUGCAGAUGAACUACAUCGCUCUUCAAGAAAAGCUGCAAAGCACUAUAUAGAAUUCUGGAAGCAAGUUCCUCCAAAUGAACCAUAUCGUGUCAUACUUGGUGAUGUCAGGGAUAAAUUGUACUACACACGUGAACGUUCUCGUCACCUAUUGUCAUCUGGAAUUUCUGAGAUUCCAGAGGAGGCAACUUUUACUAACGCUGAACAGUUUCUGGAACCUCUUGAGCUCUGUUAUAGAUCAUUAUGUGCUUGUGGUGACAAACCUAUAGCUGACGGAAGUCUUCUUGAUUUCUUGCGUCAAGUAUCAACUUUUGGGCUUGCCCUUGUGAAGCUUGACAUCAGGCAGGAAUCUGAUCGGCACACCGAUGUCCUUGAUUCAAUAACGAAACAUCUUGGAAUUGGCUCCUAUGCUGAAUGGUCUGAGGAGAAACGCCAGGAUUGGCUGUUGUCUGAACUGAGGGGCAAACGUCCAUUGUUUGGUUCUGAUCUUCCUCAGACUGAAGAGACUGCUGAUGUUUUAGGCACAUUUCAUGUCCUUGCAGAGCUUCCAGCAGAUUGCUUUGGCGCAUAUAUCAUCUCGAUGGCAACUGCCCCAUCUGAUGUGCUUGCGGUCGAGCUUUUGCAGCGUGAGUGCCAUGUAAAACAGCCACUGAGAGUUGUUCCACUCUUUGAGAAACUUGCAGACCUUGAAGCAGCUCCAGCAGCUGUAGCACGACUCUUUUCAAUUGACUGGUACAUGAAUAGGAUUAAUGGCAAGCAGGAGGUCAUGAUUGGAUAUUCAGACUCUGGCAAAGAUGCCGGGCGUCUCUCUGCAGCAUGGCAAAUGUAUAAAGCACAAGAAGAGCUCAUCAAGGUGGCAAAGCAUUAUGGAGUGAAGUUGACAAUGUUUCAUGGAAGAGGUGGAACAGUUGGCAGAGGAGGUGGUCCCACUCAUCUGGCCAUAUUAUCUCAGCCACCAGACACGAUACAUGGAUCGCUUCGUGUAACAGUUCAAGGCGAAGUUAUUGAGCACUCCUUUGGAGAGGAGCUCUUGUGCUUUAGAACUUUGCAACGCUACACUGCAGCUACUCUUGAGCAUGGCAUGCAUCCUCCAAUUUCCCCCAAGCCAGAAUGGCGUGCUCUGAUGGAUGAAAUGGCUGUUGUAGCAACUAAAGAAUAUCGAUCAAUUGUCUUCCAAGAACCACGCUUCGUUGAAUACUUCAGAUCGGCUACGCCUGAGACUGAAUAUGGUAGGAUGAAUAUUGGCAGCCGUCCGUCAAAGAGGAAGCCUAGUGGGGGAAUAGAAUCGCUCCGUGCAAUUCCAUGGAUCUUUGCUUGGACACAAACAAGGUUCCAUCUGCCUGUUUGGCUUGGAUUUGGCGCAGCGAUCAAGCACAUCAUGCAGAAGGACAUCAGGAACAUCCAUGUACUGAAAGAAAUGUACAAUGAGUGGCCAUUCUUCAGGGUCACCCUUGAUUUGCUUGAGAUGGUUUUCGCCAAGGGAGACCCGGGAAUUGCAGCUGUAUAUGACAAAUUGCUAGUGGCUGAUGAUUUGCAAUCCUUCGGUGAGCAACUGAGGAAGAACUAUGAGGAGACAAAAGAGCUACUCCUUCAGGUUGCUGGUCACAAGGACGUCCUUGAAGGCGAUCCUUACCUGAAGCAGCGUCUGCGGCUGCGUGAGUCCUACAUCACCACUCUGAACGUGUGCCAGGCCUACACCCUGAAGCGGAUACGUGACCCGAGCUUCCAGGUGAGCCCGCAGCCGCCCCUGUCCAAGGAGUUCACGGACGAGAGUCAGCCAGCGGAGCUGGUGCAGCUGAACCAGCAGAGCGAGUAUGCGCCAGGCCUGGAGGACACACUGAUCCUGACCAUGAAGGGCAUCGCUGCCGGCAUGCAGAACACCGGCUAG